UUCACGGCGGUAUUGGAAAUUCGCAGCUUCGUUCACGGCGGUUCACGGCUGUUCCGCUUGGAGGGAGCUCCGUUCACGGCGGUUCACGGCAGUUCCUCCACAAACCCACAUGUUGCUUCUAUCAGCUUACUCUAGAGCAAGAGACGUAACCAAAUGUGAAGCCAUUGUGAAAGAAAUGAGUGAGAAUGGAGUAGAACCAGACACAUUUGUCCUAAACAGCAUGCUCAACUUAUACGGCCGGUUGGGACAGUUCACCAAGAUGGAAAAGAUUCUAGCCGAGAUGGAGAAUGGUCCUUGCACUGCAGAUAUAAGCACAUACAACAUCUUGAUCAAUGUCUAUGGUAAAGCCGGGUUCUUGGAGAGAAUUGAAGAGCUUUUUAGCGAGCUCAAGGAGAGGAAUUUUAGACCAGACGUUGUGACAUGGACCUCGAGGAUCGGAGCUUACUCGAGGAAGAAACUGUACGUGAAAUGUCUGGAGAUCUUUGAGGAGAUGAUUGAUUCGGGUUGUGCACCAGAUGGGGGGACAGCUAAGGUUCUUCUUUCGGCUUGUUCUAGUGAGGAUCAAGUGGAACAGAUCACUUCAGUGCUUAGAACAAUGCAUAAAGUGUCUUCUAGGAGCUCAAAGCAGUUGACUUCUUCUGAUGGGCAUGUUCAGAGUUCUGGUGGUUCCACCAAGGCUUUGAACAUACAAUGGGUGGUUCAAAUGAUUGAGGUUGCUGAAGGUCUCAUGGAAUUCAGAAUACAUUUUAGCCAUGAGAACACAAUAGCGUCGUCUCCGUCAUCGCUAUCUAUGUAAUUCUCAACGCCUCCGUGAGUCGUUCCCUCCCUUCCUCAUCCGAUCUCCCUCGCCAGCUCAUAAGUUCUAUCUGAAUCCUGCUGGUGACACUCCAUCCGCCUGCAGACUCUUUGACUCCAUAGUCAGUUUGUGUGUGCCCGUGAUUGUUAGCGAUAGCAUCGAGUUACCUUUCGAAGAUGUUAUAGAUUAUAGAAAGUUUUCGAUUUUUGUUGAGGCAAAUGCAGCUCUGCAGCCCGGAUUCCUGGUUAAGAUGCUGAGGAAAAUAAAAACCAAGAAGAUCCUGGAGUAUCAGAGAGAGAUGAGAUCGGUAAAACGGUAUUUUGAUUAUGAUAACCCAAAUGGAGCAGUGAAGGAAAUCUGGCGCCAAGUCUCGCAGAAGUUACCGCUCAUCAAGCUAAUGAGUAACCGCGACAGACGCCUCGUCUUAAGAAACUUAACCGAACCAAACUGCUCAUGUCUAUGCACAAACCAAACUGGUCUUAUCACUUCCAUUUAACAAAUCUCCUUGUCUACUGAAAGAGACCUUUUGGGUUUUGGAGGAACUUCAACUCUCUCCAUCUCAACUUCAUGACCACCGAGACUUAAAAGUUAAAACAAGCAAAUAUUGGCCCCCCCUGGCUUAACUUGUCCGGUAAGGAAGGAAGACAAGAGCAUACGCAUGGCGACAGAUUCACAAGGAAGAAAAUAUUGAAAUCAUUCUUUUAUGUAGAUUCCAUUAGUUUUCUUGUUCUUGAUAGUGUCACAUUUUAUACGGACACAACUGGCAUUCAUUUCUACCAUGUUACUGUACAUGUCAUAAAAACUAAA